AUGUCGAGUAGCUACGAUGUUGGCACCAGAGCUUGGCAGCCCGAUGCCACAGAGGGCUGGGUGGCAUCCGAGGUUGUCAAGAAGUCGGUCGAUGGCUCCAAGGUGACGCUGGUGUUCAAGCUCGAGAAUGAAGAGACCAAGACAGUCGAGCUCUCGCUCGCGGCCCUGUCGGAUUCCAGCGAUCCUUCCUUGCCGCCACUGAUGAACCCGGCAAUGCUCGAGGCCAGCGACGACUUGACGAACUUGUCCUAUCUGAAUGAGCCAGCCGUUCUACAAGCUAUUCGCCUCCGGUACCUGCAAAAGGAAAUCUACACAUAUAGUGGUAUCGUCUUGAUAGCUACGAAUCCCUUCGCUCGGGUAGAUUCCCUCUAUGUACCGGGCAUGGUUCAAGUCUACGCUGGCAAGCAGAGAGCAACACAAGCGCCGCAUCUGUUUGCCAUUGCGGAAGAGGCCUUUGCCGACAUGUUGAGAGAUCGCAAGAACCAGACCAUUGUCGUUUCAGGAGAAUCGGGAGCUGGAAAAACGGUCAGUGCAAAGUAUAUUAUGCGAUACUUUGCUACAAGAGAGUCUCCGGACAACCCCGGGGCCAAGUCUAAAAAGGGUGCCGAGAGCAUGAGUGAGACGGAAGAGCAGAUCCUGGCUACCAAUCCUAUCAUGGAAGCGUUCGGUAACGCAAAGACUACGAGGAACGACAACUCGUCACGUUUCGGCAAGUAUAUUGAGAUCAUGUUUGACGACCAGACCAACAUUAUCGGUGCCAAGAUCCGCACAUACCUUCUCGAACGGUCAAGAUUGGUCUUCCAGCCCCUGAAGGAAAGGAAUUACCAUAUUUUUUACCAGCUGGUGGCCGGAGCCUCGGAUGCUGAGCGGAAAGAGCUGAGCCUUCUUCCCGUGGACCAGUUCGACUACCUGAACCAAGGCAAUGCUCCAGUCAUCGACGGCGUGGACGACAAGGCCGAGUUUAUUGCUACCAAGGCCUCGCUCAAAACGAUCGGAGUUGACGAGACCCAACAACAGGGUAUCUUCAGGCUUCUGGCCGGUCUGUUGCACCUCGGAAACGUUAAGAUCGGUGCUUCGAGGAACGACAGCGUGCUGGAUGGCAAUGAGCCGGCUUUGGCUCGUGCUUGUUCCAUUUUGGGGAUCGAUGCUACCAAUUUUGCCAAGUGGAUUGUGAAGAAACAACUCAUUACCAGAGGAGAGAAGAUCGUUUCCAACCUGACCCAGCAGCAAGCCAUUGUGGUGCGAGAUUCAGUUGCCAAGUACAUCUACUCAAGUCUCUUCGACUGGCUCGUGGAAGUCAUCAACCGCAGUCUCGCUACUGACGAGGUGCUGAACCGCGUUUCUUCCUUCAUCGGCGUGCUUGAUAUUUACGGUUUCGAGCACUUUGCCAAGAACUCAUUCGAACAAUUUUGUAUUAACUACGCCAACGAGAAGCUGCAGCAAGAGUUCAACGCGCAUGUCUUCAAGCUUGAACAGGAAGAGUAUCUCCGGGAGCAGAUUGAUUGGACCUUUAUCGAUUUCUCCGACAACCAACCUUGUAUCGAUCUGAUUGAGAAUAAGCUGGGUAUUCUGUCUCUUUUGGAUGAGGAAUCUCGUCUCCCCAUGGGCUCAGACGAGCAAUUCGUCACCAAGCUCCAUCACAACUUUUCUGCCGACAAGAACAAAUUCUUCAAGAAGCCUCGUUUUGGAAAGUCGGCUUUCACGGUUUGCCACUACGCCAUAGAUGUUACUUACGAGUCGGAGGGCUUCAUUGAGAAGAACCGUGAUACCGUCCCCGACGAGCAUAUGGAGGUUCUUCGAGCCAGUAGCAACAUGUUCCUUGGGCAAGUUCUGAACGCCGCGUUGGCUGUACGCGAGAAGGAUGUUGCGUCGGCCGCGUCCAACGUGGCCAAGCCAACACCUGGAAGGAAGAUUGGAGUUGCUGUUAACCGCAAGCCAACUCUUGGAGGUAUCUUCCGCUCGUCGCUCAUCGAGCUUAUGAGCACCAUCAACAACACAGACGUGCACUACAUUCGAUGCAUCAAGCCCAACGAGGCUAAGGAAGCAUGGAAGUUCGAAGGUCCCAUGGUCCUCAGUCAACUGAGAGCUUGUGGUGUACUCGAGACGGUCCGCAUUAGUUGUGCGGGUUAUCCGACGCGCUGGACCUACGAAGAAUUCGCCCUCAGGUACUAUAUGCUUGUGCCCUCCGCUCAAUGGACUUCCGAAAUUCGGCCAAUGGCAAACUUCAUUCUCAGCCAAGCCCUGGGUGAAAGCACCGGAAAGGGACAGGACAAGUACCAGUUGGGUCUCACCAAGAUUUUCUUCCGGGCUGGCAUGCUUGCUUUCAUGGAGAACCUACGCACCGAGCGUCUCAACUCGUGUGCCAUCAUGAUUCAGAAGAACCUCAAGGCUAGGUACUACCGCAACAGAUAUCUGGAGGCGCGCAGCGCCAUCGUUCGCUUUCAGGCACUCACAAGAGCGUAUCUCACCCGCCGCAAGGCGCAAGAGUUGCGGACCGUUAAGGCUGCAACUACCAUCCAGAGAGUGUGGAGAGGACAAAAGCAGCGAAGAGCGUUUUUGCGCAUUCGCAACAAUGUUAUUCUCGCCCAAGCCGCAGCCAAGGGUUACUUGCGCAGGAAGGAGAUCAUGGAGACGCGCAUGGGCAAUGCUGCUGUCCUGAUCCAGCGCGUGUGGCGAAACAGGCGUCAAUUGGCGCAGUGGAGGAGCUAUCGCAAGAAAGUGGUUUUGAUCCAGAGCCUUUGGCGUGGAAAGACGGCAAGGAAACAGUACAAGAAGGUCCGCGAGGAGGCCCGCGACUUGAAACAGAUAUCCUACAAGCUGGAAAACAAGGUCGUCGAGUUGACUCAGUCGCUUGGUACCAUGAAGUCGCAAAACAAGGACCUCAAGAGCCGUGUGGACAACUACGAGAACCAGAUCAACUCGUGGAAGAUGCGUCACAACGAGUUGGAGAAGCGUACAAAGGAUCUCCAGGUCGAGGCCAACCAGGCUGGUAUCGCCACUGCCAAGUUGCAGGCCAUGGAGGAGGAGUUGAAGACCAUGGUGCAGAAGUACGAAGACUCCAACGCCAACGCCAAGAGGCUGGGAGAGCUGGAAAAGGAGCUCAGGGACAACCUGAGGACCACCGAGUCGGAAUUGGAGCGGAUACGGGAGGAGACCACGGUCCACGAAAGCGAGAAGGUGACGUUACGCCAACAACUUGCCGAGCUCCAAGAUCAGCUCGAAAUGGCCAAGCGUGCUGGCCCUGUCAACGGGGAGCUCACCAACGGCAAUGCCGCUGCUCCCCCACUCAAUGGGCUUAUCAACCUCGUCUCGUCCAAGAAGCCCACUGCCAAGAGACGGAGUGCUGGCAUGGAGCAACGAGAUAUCGACCGGUUCAGUUCCACCUUUAACCCUCGUCCUGUUUCCAUGGCGGUUACGGGAUAUAGCAAGCCGCCGGCUUUCACGCCUGGUGUGGACAGUAUCGAGAUGGAGUUGGAGAGCCUCCUUGCCGACGAGGAUGGCCUGAACGAGGAAGUGACUGUGGGUCUCAUCAGGAAUCUGAAGAUCCCAUCGCCCAACAACACCCCACCUCCGUCCGACAAGGAGGUCCUGUUCCCCUCUUACCUCAUCAAUCUGGUGACUUCGGAGAUGUGGAACAAUGGUUUCGUCAAGGAGUCGGAGAGGUUCCUGGCCAAUGUCAUGCAGUCCAUCCAACAGGAAGUGAUGCAGCACGACGGCGAGGAGGCCAUCAAUCCCGGUGCCUUCUGGCUGUCCAACGUGCACGAGAUGCUUUCGUUCGUCUUCCUUGCCGAGGACUGGUAUGAGGCGCAAAAGACGGACAACUAUGAGUACGACCGCCUGCUCGAGAUUGUCAAGCACGACCUCGAGAGCCUCGAGUUCAACAUCUACCACACGUGGAUGAAGGUCCUGAAGAAGAAGCUUCAGAAGAUGGUUAUACCCGCCAUCAUCGAAUCCCAAUCGCUGCCCGGCUUUGUCACGAAUGAAAGUAAUAGGUUCCUUGGCAAGCUGCUGCAGUCGAACUCAGCACCAGCCUACAGCAUGGACAACCUUCUGAGUCUCUUGAACAACGUUUUCAGGGCGAUGAAGGCGUACUAUCUGGAGGAUUCUAUCAUCACGCAGACCGUGACUGAGCUUCUCCGCUUGGUCGGCGUCACUGCCUUCAACGAUCUUCUCAUGCGCCGAAACUUCCUGUCCUGGAAGCGAGGUCUGCAGAUCAACUACAACAUUACUCGUAUCGAGGAAUGGUGCAAGAGCCACGACAUGCCCGAGGGUACGCUGCAGCUUGAGCAUUUGAUGCAAGCAACAAAGCUACUCCAACUCAAGAAGGCGACUUUGAACGAUAUCGAGAUUAUCCAAGAUAUCUGCUGGAUGCUCUCGCCCAACCAGAUCCAGAAGCUACUGAACCAGUACCUCGUAGCAGAUUACGAACAACCCAUCAACGGGGAGAUCAUGAAGGCUGUUGCUUCUCGGGUCACAGAGAAGAGCGACGUACUGCUGUUGCAAGCUGUUGACAUGGACGACAGUGGUCCGUAUGAGAUUGCCGAGCCACGAGUCAUUACUGCGCUGGAGACUUAUACACCGUCAUGGCUCCAAACUCCUCGUCUCAAGCGUCUAGCUGAGAUAGUAUCCGCACAGGCAAUCGCCCAGCAGGAGAAGCUGGAUGGGGACGACGAGUACGACGGCGAGAACGAUCUGAAUGAGAUGGAUGAGGAGGUCGAGGUCGAUGGCGCGUAA